CAUCUAGUAGUUCAAUGGAACAAGGCGAACAAACAUAACAAUGACAUUAACCCACAUGCCAAAAAAGGCUUUGCGCAGGUUUCCCUCCAAUUCAUAGCUACGGGCUACGAACUACGUCAGUCGCGUAGCAUAGCUUGUCGUAGCAUGUCGCAACGGAAUCGCAAUAAUUCAAUUAAUAAUAACUGUGUCUGUUUUGUAAUAAAAUAUUUUUUUUCAAACGAAGUAGCUUCGUGUCAUAAUUUGUGCGUAUAAUGCCGUGAAUUGUCGGUAUGUUAGUGGUGUAUAUCUCGUGCUAAUGUGGACUGCAUAUUUAUGGCGAUGUCGCCACAUACAAGAACAUUCAAGCACCAUCUAACACCAUGCAUGUAUUAUAGUCAUCAAUCUAUAUGACGCUAUGUCGAGUAAAAAGCAUUCGCCACAACCAAAACGCUCGGAAGCGCUCAGCGGACGCUUGUCUAAGUCAGCCUCAGAGCUGUCAUGUUCCGCUCCAGUUCACGCUUCUCCGCCACGCGCCCGCUCUGCUCAUCAUCAUACACCACUCUCUGUUGUACAUAGGACCCAUCAUUUCUUUAGUAAUUUGAAGAACCGUUGGCAACGCAGUAAAAGUCGUGAAAGAUGUCCAGCUGGUACAGUACUAUCCGUAGCACCAGGUGCUGACAGCAGUGGCACGGACUAUGACCACAGUUCCGAACCUACUCCCGCUAACUCACCAUUGCAUAGGAUAAGGAAAGAUCAGUCGUUGACUCGGCAAGCAUCUACCGAUCCUGUGGCUUCCACAUCUGCAACACCUCUACAUUCAGUGAGGCCGCCAGUGGAGCUACUUCAGCUGGAACCUGACGAAGGCCAGCGCUUUAGAGAACAGCAGUUACGACAAUACGCUUUCUUUCAGCUCAGGAUACAUUUAAAACGAGGACAAAACCUUAUAGCUAUGGACAAAAAUGGUUUGUUGUCAGGCACAAGUGACCCCUACGUCAAGUUCAAAGCGGGAGGGAGGCUGCUUCACAAGUCCAGAAUUGUUUACCGGGACCUGAACCCAGUGUGGGAUGAAUGCUUCACGGUACCUAUUGAAGAUCCAUUCCAACCUGUUCAGUUGAAGGUCUUCGACUAUGACUGGGGCUUACAAGACGACUUUAUGGGCUCCUGUUAUCUAGAUUUAACCGCUCUGGAGCUUGGAAGAUCACAAGACUUGGUGCUGUGUUUGCGAGACCCUAACAAGCUCAACCAGGAUAUGGGGGAGAUCGUGAUGAAUGUCACCUUGUAUCCUAAGUCUCAGGAGGACAAAGAUCAGUAUCUUUUAAAAAACACGCGGCUAAGUGACGUGAACAAAAGAUUAAAAGCGCAAAUAUGGAGUUCUGUGGUCACCAUUGUCCUGGUGGAAGCCAAGAAUCUGCCCGCGAUGGACAUAGACACGAGAUCCAGUGAUCCUUACUGCAAGUUUAGGUUAGGUAACGAAAAAUACAAGAGUAAAGUGGUCUGGAAAUCACUACAUCCCUCGUGGCUUGAGCAAUUUGACCUGCACCUUUAUGACGACCAAGAGCAAAUAUUGGAGGUGACGGUUUGGGAUAAGGAUAAACAGACGAAAGACGAUUUUUUGGGGCGAUGUACAAUAGACUUAUCAAAGUUAGAAAGAGAGAAAACGCACAAUAUACGGAAGGACUUGGAAGAUGGAAAUGGACAGAUUUUUCUUCUUCUUACCAUUAGUGGCACUACUCAAUCCGAGACCAUUACAGACUUAGCGACGUACAAAGAAAAUCCUAGAGAUAUUUUAAAUAUUGAAAAAAGAUAUGCGUGGUUCCGUCUUAAUGAACACUCUAGCGGUGUUGGUUGGCUCUGCGUUAAAGUUUACGGUGCUAAGGGUCUGGCUGCAGCCGAUUUAGGGGGUAAAUCUGACCCAUUCUGUGUUGUAGAACUUGGCAAUGCCAGACUGCAAACCCAUACAGAAUAUAAGACUUUGACCCCGAAUUGGAUGAAGAUCUUCACAUUUACAGUCAAGGACAUGAGUUCGAUUUUAGAAAUAACGGUUUACGAUGAAGACCAUGACCACAAAGUCGAGUUUUUGGGUAAACUGGCAAUACCAGUAUUAAACAUACGAAAUGGGGAGAAACGAUGGUUCGCGUUGAAAGACAAGAAAAUGCGGGGGAGAGCGAAGGGAAAUUUUCCACAAAUACUUUUAGAGAUGUCGGUGAUAUGGAAUCCGUUAAAAGCAGCCAUAAGAGUCCUAAAUCCAAAAGAGCCUAAAUACAUGCACCAAGAAGCCAAAUUCAAACGACAAUUAUUUAUAAGAAACGUAAUGCGGCUCAAAGCUAUUAUAAUGUGGUUUAUUGAAAUUGGAAAAAUAUUACAAGACUGCUUCGAAUGGGAAUCGCGAAUUUGCUCCUUCAUUGGUCUUCUAGCGUGGCUCGCCUUUUGCUACUAUUACGAAAUGUGGAUGGUACCAUUGUUUCUACUCUUAUUCUUCGCGAGGAACUGGCUGAUAUACCGAUUAACAGAACAAAUAAAAACCUACAAAAACCCUUGGGCGUGUUUAAAACGAUUCGUUUCUGGUAGUGGAAAUCCUCUUCUUGCCCCAGUAGAUGAUGAUGAUUUAUUGGCUGAAGAAGACGAUGAGGAGGAAGUUGAUAAGGAAGAAAAAAAAUCGUUAAAAGAGCGUCUUCAAGCUAUACAAGAAGUAACGCAAACUGUACAAAAUGCUAUUGGUUAUGUCGCUUCCUUAGGAGAGGCUGUUAAAAACCUAAUGAACUUCACAGUACCCUAUCUAAGUUAUUUAGCGAUAAUAAUGCUGGCUGCAGCUAUGUUGGUGCUAUAUAUGGUACCAAUGAGAUAUUUACUUAUGGCUUGGGGCAUAAACAAGUUUACUAGAAAAAUCUUACGACCUCACACAAUACCGAACAAUGAAGUUUUAGAUUUAUUAUCUAGAGUACCAGAUGAUGAAAUAUUAUUAGACGUACGAGAAUUAAAACCGCAUUCGACCAGCGAACGCCGGGACGCGAGAAAAAAGCACAAAGCUUCGUAACAUUCACUGAAAAUUCGUGAACGCAUCAAGAACUGUAUCGGAUCAGAAUAGACUAAUAUCGAAUCAUUAUAUAUUACCUUACGUUAAAAGCAUUGCAUUCAGUAAUUAUAUUGUUGGAAUUGGGAAAAGAAUAUAAUGAAAAGGUCAGAAAAAAAAUGUGAAAUGGUAAGAUGUCAGGUUCGAACUCUGGGCUAAUCAUUUAAGUUGCAUGUGGAUUUUUUGUUAUGAAUAAAACAAUUUACUAAGUUUUCAUACCUUUCUUAGUAAAAGGUAUAUUGAAAUGUGGAAACCGUUGAAAAAUGUAUUUACUAUGCACCUAAUAAUUACUUAAACCCUCCGUGGCGUUGUUGUACGGUAACGUUAUUGAGUUUGAUUCCCAUAAUACAGAAGGGUGAUUUCAGGCUUGCUUUAAAACAAUAAUAUCCCACUACAUUAGUAACAUGACAUCAUCAUAUUAAAUUUCGAUCAAAAAACAACAUAGUUUCUCGAUUUCUUAAAAUCCUAUAAUAUCCAAGUUUAAUGAUUCAUUUUCAAUAGACAUUAAAAUUAUUAUAUAAUAGCUUGAAACGUCCAGAAUGUAUGAAAAUAUUCAGUGAGAUGGCAUAGGCGUAAAAAUCGACUGAUAAAAUUAUUAGGCACAUAAUUAGAAAUAAUUUUGCAUUCCUUUCAUUUUCAAAUGAAUCUCUUACUAAGAAUUCUUCCUUCUUUUCUCCAUUUUCUUAUGAGUAGGAUAGAUAGUAUACCUUUUGUCAUUAUUAAAUAAAGUAUUAUAAAUGCUGUUAAAUGUAAACUAAAUUUUCUAUUAAACUAUUUGAACGUACUAUAAUGAAUAGCUAUUUGUAUAAUUAACAAUUAUUCAUGAUUAAUCAACUAUCAAGAUACGAUGAAAGUGAGAACUAUUUAUUUUUAUUUUAAAUUUAAUUAGAACAUAGAUUACAUUACUUUUUUUAUUCCUCUAGAUUACUAUACCUACUUGCAGGCAUAACAGUUAUAAGGCUCGUACUCCAAGACGUUACAAUUUAAAAAUCAAUUAUUACAGGAUUUAUUUUAUAGAUUGUCUCAUAUUGUUGCACAGAUAAAAGCAAUCAGGCUUAUAAUAUCUGUCAUAAAUGACGAUCUCAGAGAUUAAAUAGUUUGACAGAUCAUGAGACAAUAUUUGAGAUUACACGUAUUAGAACCUUGUAUAUACAAGGUGUAUGUUUAUAUAAACAAACCUGUUUUUCCACGUUAUAAAUUCACUGGAGAUUAUACCGAAAUUUUCAUUCAAUUUCUUUUCGAUUAUUUAUUACAUCGUGAGACCUUAACGAAAUAUCUGGUUUCAAAUAUCAAGUCACAUUUACUUGACCUUGAAAAAAUAUCGGUUGUUGAUUUAUACAUAUUGUAUGAUUCAUAUAGUUUCGAUGUUAAAAAUUUUAAGAUGUAACGAUCACGUCAUGUUAUCAUUAAAUAAUAGAAGACAUCUUUUUGUAAGAAUAUAGCAUAAGACUGAGACCAAUCUCAUUAAUUCUUUUGUUUUAAUAGCGUUUUUAUAGUUAGAUAAAAUCUAAGACGAAUCUUGCAUUUACAUAGGAUUUUAUAUUUUAAAAAAGGUUUAGACACUAAAUCAUCAGUUUGGAAAUUUUCAGCCUUUUAUGUGUCGCAUCAAAAACAGAUAUUGUGCGAUGACUUAUGUUUAUAGUUUAUUGGCGUUGGUCUAUUAAAUCUAGCGUGUUGCCACUUUGCCAGAUAGCUUCAAGACUCCAUUAGGACUUAUAUUGUAGCCGUACGCCUACGAUCAACCGAUACAAUUUAUAAUAAAUUAUCUAGUCAUUAUUUUUCAUACUAUUUUAUGUUAACUACCUUAGUUAGGUUACCGCUGGAGCCUUCGAUUUUCGACAAUUCAAUAUCUCUGCAUAAUAUAAAAAUGUCUUCAUAGUUUCACUAUAUAGUCUUAAAACUUACUGAGUGUUUCAAGCACAAUUCGUAGCACUUUUUCGUUCUACUGCACAUCAGCACAAAACAUUAGAUAGGUUAAUAAUUUAAACUAAAAUUGUGAUAUCUACGCAAUACAAGCUUAAAAGUUUUUCUUAUGUACACUCUUAUUAUGUAAGUACGUAUUUUAUUAAAAGUCAUGUAGUUGUAAUGAUUCAUAUGAUGUUGUAAAGGUACGUUAAAAAUACGUUGUUACGGUAAAACACUUAGGUCUUAGGUACGUACUUCAUACAGAGAAUGUAUUAUAAAAGUGUCUCAAAAUAUAAAACAAGAUUUAUAUUUAUUCUUUUUAUAGGAGAAUUACCUACUAAACUAAUUUAUGUUGUUAUGUAUACCUACUUAAGAGAUUUCUCAUAUUAACCGUAAGAUGUAAUUAAAACACAAGUGAUAAAUGUUAAUGCUUUUCAUAUUUUAAAAAUAAAAACGUUUCAAAAUUA